UGAUUUUCGCUGGAUUCAGUCGAUUCAAUCAACAGUCAUUUUUCGCUGGAUUCAGUUUUCAUAGUCAGUGUGUUCUUGGUCUCAGGAUUCUUGUGUUUUCUGCAGGUGUGCUCUCUGAGGAAGAAUCAUGAAAUUGGUUGCUGUAAUCUUUGCCCUGUCAGUCAUCUCAGGCUGCCAGGGAAGAUUCCUGUUUCAGGAUGAACCUAAAACUCAUUGGGAGGAGAUGGUGGAUAAGUUCUGGGAGUAUGUAAAUGAUGUGAACUCCAAGGUUGAAGAUAUGAAGAAGAACUUACAGAACACCCAACUUGGAAGAGAGCUUGACACACUGAUCAGUGAUAGCAUGGCCGAGCUGCAGAUGUACACGGAUGAUGUGAAGUCGAAGCUGGCCCCCUUCGCAGAGGACUCAAUUCAAAAAGUGCAAGAUGAUCUUCAGCUGCUGUCGAACAAGCUACGUGCGCAUAUGGAGGAGGCAAAGGAUCGCAUUACAGAAUAUAGCCAGGAGCUCCAGACCAUGGUGGAGCAGAACACAGAUGAGCUCAAGAACAAACUCAACGCAUAUGUCCGUAAACUAAAGAAACGCCUCAACAAGGACACCCAGGAAAUUAAGAAGAAAAUUGAAACAUACUUCGAGGAGGUCCAAGCUCGUGCUACUCAGCAUGCGGAUGACAUAAACGAGCGCCUGACAUCUUACUUCGACGUAGUACGCCAAAACGCUGAGGAGAAAUUUACCGCCCUGAAAGACAUGCUGAAAGAUCAAGCUGAACAAAUUGCGAAUAAAUGGGAGGAACUCAAAAAUCAGGCUGAGGAGGUAAAAAAGAGUCUGCUCACUCCAUUCCAGAACAAAAUGGAGGAGGCAAAAAAGUGGUUCGACCAAUGGUUUAAUUAAGGAGGAACUGGAAACCUUUAAUAAAAUGUUUUAACCACACACCUAAGACAUACCAAGUUGAAAAUGUGGAUAGGAAGUUAACAUUAUUCUCAGGUUAUGGAAAAAUAAAUACAUCAAUAAAUACUUUGGCCCACCAGUGUAUUUUAUUAGAAAUAUAAUGAAUCUUUAUUGGAGGUGCUGUGACUGCUUUUUCAGUAUUAACGUUAAUUUAGUACUUGUAAGGCAAUUGGAUAUAUUUGUUUUGCUUAAACUAUUGUCCUCAGUAUUGGAUCUACAAAAAUGUCUCUGUUCUAAGCAGUUUAAAAACAUGUCAAUGAGAAGAGAUAAAGCUAGCACGUAAUGCUAAGACCAUAAAAUGUUACAAACAAUUCAGUAAUUUGGUUGUUAUUGUUUGCCAAUUUGUACUAAUAUAUGUAAUGAUGUGUUGUAGGCAGAUAGCUGUCAGUUUCAAUAAAGUAAAAACAAAAAUA